GCAGAGAGAGAAUCUGUGUUUGAGAGAAAGUGCAAGAGAGAGAGUGAGAAGCACGCCUGAAAUUCCACAAGAAAUUUGCCCCCUAGGAUGAAAAAGAGGCGUGCUUAUGUGUUUGGGGUACAGUGACACUACGAGGCACCUUGGUAACCAGUGAUCUCUGAGAGGACCACUAAAUCAAAGCUUUUUUCGUCGCUCUUUCCGAACUGAAAAAUCCGCAACAGGCUGGAACAGGACACACGAUCAUUUAAGUGCAAGAAUACUAGAAUACUGCUGCAGUGAUGCCAUCCAAUAAGCAUUCCAUCAUGGUGGAGAGCAAGAUGUCUGCGACAGCCGUGGUUAACGGAGACACCCCCCCCGCUGAGGGCUUAUUAGAAAACGACAGCGGUGUGGAGAUGACCAAUGAGAACAGCCCGCUGACUGCUGCAGAACCGCCCUCCCCCUUCAGUCCCAAGCAGAAUGGAGAUGCUGCUUCACCUGCAGACACAGAUAUGAACCAAUCAUCUGGCAGCAGGAAAAGAAGCAGGAAGAGAUCGGAGGAGAGCACCUGGGACAGUGCUUACAGCGAGUCCCUGCAGGAGAAGUGUGGAGGGGAAAGGGCAGAUGAGUGUGAGUCAGGGCUAAGGGAGAGGCCUCGUCCCCGGACCAUCUUCCAGGUGGGCCUGGCCCCUCACAGCAAGUCCCGCCACAGAGACAGACCACGGCAGGCCAAACUGGACUACAGCAGCCCCCUGCAGCGCCUGCCCGUCGCUGUCCCGCCCCCACCCCUGGUCCCAGAGGUGCCCCCUCCAGAGGUGCUGGAGCAGGAUUCCAAGGACUCGGCCCAGAGCUCCUCCACCUCCCUCACGUCCUCCUCAGAUACCUUCUGCCAGGCAGAGUACAAGGACAACAAGGGUUUCGGAGUGGGGGAGCUGGUUUGGGGUAAGAUCAAGGGCUUCUCCUGGUGGCCGGGCAUGGUGGUGACCUGGAGGGCCACAGGGAAGCGCCGGGCCACCCACGGCAUGCGCUGGCUACAGUGGUUUGGAGACGGCAAGUUCUCAGAGGUGUCCGCAGACAAACUGGACUCCAUCACAGCCUUCUCCAAGUUCUUUAACCAGGCAUCCUACACCAAGCUGGCUUCUUACCGCAGGGCCAUCUUCCAGGCACUCAGGAUGGCGAGCGUGCGGGCGGAGCAGACCUUCCCCCACUGUGAGUCGGAGGGAGCCGAGGAGCAGGUCAAGCCCAUGCUGGACUGGGCCAAGGGUGGCUUCCUGCCCAAGGGCCAGGAGGGGCUCAAACCUACACACAACCCUGAGUCCAGUCCGUUGACCCAGCAGGUGUUGGACGUCAGUCUGCCUGAGUACUGCCCCCCCGCCAAGAAGCCUAGAGCCAGCUUCACCAAGCCCGGCCCCGAGGAGGUCUACAGUAGAGAACUAAUGGUGCAUGAAGUUUUGAAGAAUAAACGAAGUAUUGAAGAGUUUUGCCUGUCGUGCGGGAAGACAAGAGUGGCAACUUUCCACCCGCUGUUUGAAGGAGGCCUCUGCCAAGCAUGCAAGGAUGUGUAUCUCGAGAUCUCCUACAUGUAUGAUGAUGAUGGUUACCAGUCCUACUGCACAGUGUGCUGUGGAGGCCGUGAGGUUCUACUCUGUGGGAAUGCCAACUGCUGCAGGUGUUUCUGUGUGGACUGUCUGGACAUCCUGGUGGGUGCGGGGGCGUCUGCCAGCGCCCGGGACCUGGACCCAUGGCGCUGCUACAUGUGCCAGCCCCUGCAGGCUUAUGGCACGCUCACACGUCGCCACGACUGGAGCCUCAAGCUGCAGGAGUUCUUCGUCAAUGACAACGGCCAGGAGUUUGAGAGCCCAAAGAUCUACCCAGCAGUCCCAGCAGAACAGAGACGACCAAUCAGAGUUCUCUCACUCUUCGACGGCAUUGCGACCGGCUACCUGGUUCUGAGGGACCUGGGUUUCAAGGUGGACCAGUACAUUGCGUCAGAGGUGUGUGAGGACUCUAUCUCGGUGGGCGUGGUCCGACAUGAAGGAAAGAUCCAGUACGUUCAUGAUGUCAGGAACAUCACCAAAAAGAACAUUGAGGAGUGGGGUCCCUUUGACCUGGUGAUUGGAGGAAGCCCCUGUAAUGAUCUGUCAAUCGUCAACCCGGCCAGGAAAGGCCUGUAUGAGGGGACUGGGCGCUUGUUCUUUGAGUUCUACCGUCUGCUGAGUGAGGCCAGGCCCAAGGAGGGCGAGGAGCGCCCCUUCUUUUGGAUGUUCGAGAACGUGGUCGCCAUGGGCGUCAACGACAAGAGGGACAUCUCGCGCUUCCUCGAGUGCAAUCCUGUGAUGAUCGACGCCAUAGAAGUUUCUGCAGCUCACCGGGCUCGCUACUUCUGGGGCAACCUCCCAGGCAUGAACAGGCCCCUGUGUGCAUCUGGGAUGGACAAGCUGGAGCUGCAGGACUGUCUAGAACACGGACGGGUUGCCAAGUUUGGGAAGGUGCGCACCAUCACCACACGCUCCAACUCCAUCAAGCAGGGCAAGGACCAGCACUUCCCUGUCAUGAUGAAUGGCAAAGAGGACAUCCUCUGGUGCACCGAGCUGGAGAGGAUCUUUGGGUUCCCGGUCCACUACACAGACGUGUCCAAUAUGGGCCGCGGGGCCAGGCAGAAGCUGCUGGGCCGUUCCUGGAGCGUGCCCGUCAUACGACACCUCUUCGCCCCUCUCAAGGACUACUAUGCCUGCGAGUAGAGACCACCGCCCCCAAACACCCCCUCAGACCCCCCCCCCCCCUCUCUCUAUCCCUCCCCAACAGCUGAGUCGGCUGAGUACCCUUAAGGCCAUGGAGGGGUCAGAGGUCGGUUAGUCUAGCUGCCUUCCAUGAUGGGGGGAGAGAGGGGGGGGGGGAGCUUUUUCGUGCAGCUAAAGCUGGGAGUCUCAAAUCUAGACUCCUCCUGGUAAUGCCCUGUACUUCCCAGGACCCACACAGAACAGAGAAUGUUCUCAGACUGAAACAGUGACAGCCAGACUGUCGUUCUAGAACGGUCUUUAUAUCUGAACAGAAUGACCGUUUUAGGACAGACGAUUAAUGUUCUUGAUGUUUAAGAAAAAGAGACUGAGAGACCGGGUAAUUUAAUGUUAACUAAUACUUGAAUUUAUUGCAGUGCAAAAUCCCCCCAAAAUAUGUGAGCGAGUCCAACUAAGAAGUUGUUUUUGACGAGAUAGCAAAAAGUUUAAUGUUACUGCCUAUACCUGAUGUGUCUUAAAAACACUUAAAAACCAGUUACCAGAAGACCGUAGUAGAGAUUUUAGUUAAAGGGACUGUGUAUUAUGCUAAUGUUGUACACCAGGUUAACUCCUUGAUUUGCUGUCGUACCCAAAGUGGGCUGCUGAUAGUCCAGUUUUUCUGUCAGAUACUUCCAUGUUUCUCUUGAAUCUCCCUGGAGUUACAUACAGACAUAACUAGCAUUUCCCUGGAUUCUUCCAUUGGUUCCAUUGUGCUUGGCAUAAUCAAACCUGUAUGGAAGUAUUUGGGUAUUGCCAAAUCAACAGUCAAUACAAUCAAAACACUUUUUGGCCCAAAAUUGCAUUUUUAACUGUAUACCUUAACAAAGCCAAGGAAAUGAUCACUAGACUACUCGUUAAGAGUGAUUGUAGUUCCUGUUAUGUGUACUGUAUUUGUGAUCAUGUUUACAGGUUUGGUGAUUUCUCUCCUCGCCAAAGGAAACACAAUGAGUGACUUGUGAACAUGGCCCUUCUCUUGUGCCUGUGUGUAACAAAGGUGCUGUAGUCAUUUUAGUUCAAAAGUAGCUUUUAGCCAUGCUAGCAGUCUAAGCAUAGGUAAUGGAAGGGUUAAGAAAAUACCUCCGCCCACCUGACUUCAUUGCAAUUUGUUGACCAUAUGUUUGGCUGAGACCUAACAUUAACAUUGCAGUAUGCAGGUAUUUUCUUCUUUUUUUCUGUAGUCGUUUUACUUGUGCGGUUAAAUGCAAAGAUAACGUCCGGAUCUUUUGUUUCUGUGGAUGUAAAGAUGGAUAUAACCUAGUAUUGUCACGUGGGAGGUCACACUAAGAAUUGACCCAUAGUUCGCAGUCGCAAUGUUGUUGUUUUUUUUAGAUUGAAGUAAAGCACACACUUUGCUUUGUAACUCUCGGUAGUACUUUGCAAUCUCCUCUUAGAACAUUUUAACAUUACACAUGCCUCACACCAUUAUAGGUAGUGACAGGUACAGUGGUAGGCCUCCACCUGCACUCCACUGCAUGCAGUGGAGUGCUUGUUGCAGUGCAUAAGCUCCCACUAUGGACAUAGUAUAUAACAGUGAAGAUUCAACUGUGCUUCGGUCAUGUAAAGUGUUUAUUUUCCAUUUGUUUUAUUCCAUAUGUGUAUUGAAAAGACUGAACACAUUUAACUGAUUAUGUUUCUCGACAACGGAGACCUGCAAAAAAAAUUAUAUAUAUACAUAUAUAUAUGGUUGUAGACCCAUCUAGGUAAUGGACAAAAUAUGUGAAAAAUCCCUUCCUUUGCUUGACUCCUAAUUACAGAUCUAACAUGGUGUAGGGAAAACAGGUUGUUCUCUGAAGUCAUACACACCUGUGACCAGUUUAGUCUGGUCAGGCGUGGCAUUCCUUGACAGGAAGCUAGAAGUGAGUUUUAGGGUCAGGGGAAGCUGCCGCUUCAGAAAGUGAACAAAGACCUAGUAAACAAGGACCUAGAGAACAAGGACCUAGAGAACAAGGACCUAGAGACCUCACUCAGUUCAACACUGGCUGGCGUUCUGCCAGACGAAAACAACUUUUGAUGCUAAAACCAAUGGUAUUCUUUUUUCCGAGAUACCAAAAGAUUUGAGUAUCGUUGACAACCUGUACUACAACUGCUGUAACGUUGGCAGUGUCAAGCUUGAAAAGAAAGAUCAUGAGAUGUUUCUCUUGACUUUUGACAACUACCCUUUUUUUUACCCUUCUACUCGGUUCUGCUCACCAGCAAAACUAGUUGCACAGUUAGUGCUUAAUAUUUUUGUGAUGUUUUUAAUCUUUUUAAUCACUAGUUGUUUUUCUAUGUUGUUUUUAGACGUAAAUUUAAACAGUAUGAAUAUGGUUUGUGUUUUCUGAAAAGAAACCUUCUACAGUUCAAAUGUUUUUGUUAAUGCUCAUGUUUUGUUUUUAUAUUACUUUUUACUAGAUAUUAGAAGUACAUGUCAGAGUCUGCUAUUUUAGUACUUCUGAUAACAAUUUGGAAAUACAGUGAAAAAGUAUA